AUGAAAAGAAAACAUGAUCAGAAUAAUAUCAGUUCAAAUGUUGAUAAUGAUGCGCUUCUCCAACUUGUAAUGGCAUUUGAUCAUGUUAAUAGAGAUCAACAAACAAUUGUGCUACCAUCAGGUGAAUCAACAACGAAAGAACAACUUUUAUUAAAAGUAAUCGAUCUUUAUCCAAGCUAUGCUAAUACUUAUUACCAGUUGGCAUUAAUACUUAAAGCUGAAAAUCGAUCAUCAAUCACACUUAAUAAUGGACAAUCAAUGACUGUACAACAAUUAUACUUGAAAUCAAUAGAGUAUGAUCCAACCAGUCACAGUUCUUAUUAUAGCCUUGCAAAUACACUUUCAAAUGGUGAAUCAAUCACACUUAAUAACGGACAAUCAAUGACUGCACAACAACUAUUCUUGAAAUCAAUAGAAUGUGAUCCAAAAAAUUCAUAUUUAUAUUAUAACCUUGCAAAUACACUUUCAAAUGGCGAAUCAAUCACACUUAAUAAUGGACAAUCAAUGACAAAACAACAACUAUACUUGAAAUCAAUAGAAUGUGAUCCAACCAAUUCCAAUUCAUAUUAUAACCUUGCAACGACACUUUCAAGAGGUGAAUCAAUCACACUUAAUAAUGGACAAUCAAUGACAAAACAACAACUAUACUUGAAAUCAAUUGAAUUUGAUCCAACCAAUUCAAUUUCAUAUCAUAACCUUGCAAUUACACUUUCAAGAGGUGAAUCGAUAACACUUAAUAAUGGACAAUCAAUGACAGAACAACAAUUAUACUUGAAAGCAAUAGAAUGUGAUCCCAGCAUAUACCAUUCAUAUUAUAACCUUGCCAUUACACUAUCUCGAAUUCAACGAUCACAAUUCAAACAGUUUAUUGAAGCGAUUCAAAUAACUAAAGUUAAUAAUCCAACUGUUAAACAACAAUCCGACAUUUAUUCAACACUAUCAAAUAUUAUUCUUAUCUUCAAAUUUUCAGUCAGAUACGCUUCUCUCUAA